AUAGCAAAAAAGGGCAAACCAACGACACUACCAAAAAAGCAAAAAGGAAGCAGCUGAGUUCGCAAACCUCCGGUGGCCCCGGUGGUCGACCUGGUAGGCCCGGCGGCUCCUGUCUUCCUUCAUUUCCUCUUCUUCUCCACUCUUUGCUUUAGAUUAUUUCCUUUCUCAUUUUACCAUAAUUUCUCCAUCAACGAUCAAUGGAAAUCAUGGAGAAGAUGCUUUCAUAGUGUUCUCUUUUGCAUCUCUUGAUGGGGUCUGGUAAAGAAGAAGAAUGCGAGAAGGAUCUGGAGAAGGGACUUUCUCCGCCUCAUUGGCCUGCGCAGUUGGUGGAAACAAUACCUCGUCCUUCUCCAACGACGCCAAGGCCUGCUCUGGUUCUAUCAAAUUCAGGGAAGGCCCUGAUGGCAUCAAAUUCAGGGAAGGCUUUAGUGGUAUCCAAUUCAGGAAAGGCCCUGGUGGUGUCCAAUUCUGGCAAGUUUCUUGCAGGUUCUAAUUCGGGAAAGCGAUUUGAUAAAAAGAAGUACGUGAAACAAGUCACCGGCCGCCACAAUGACACUGAGCUACACCUGGCCGCACAGCGUGGUGAUGUUGGAGCAGUCAGGCAGAUUUUGGCUGAAAUUGAUGCUCAGAUGAUGGGGACACUUAGUGGAGCAGAAUUUGAUGCUGAGGUGGCAGAAAUAAGGUUAGCAGUUGUCAAUGAGGUGAAUCAAUUAGGAGAGACAGCAAUGUUCACUGCAGCUGAGAAGGGGCAUUUGGAUGUGGUUAUGGAGCUGUUGCAGUAUACAACUAAGGAGGGCAUUUCAUUGAAGAAUCGAUCAGGAUUUGAUCCAUUGCAUAUUGCAGCCAACCAAGGUCAUGAAGCCAUUGUCCGGGUGCUAUUGGACCAUGAUCCAGGACUUAGUAAAACAGUUGGCCAAGCAAAUGCAACCCCUCUUGUAUCUGCAGCUACAAAAGGACAUACAGCUGUAGUUAAUGAAUUGCUCUCCAAAGAUCCUAGCUUGCUAGAGAUAUCAAAAUCAAAUGGAAAAAAUCCAUUACACUUUGCUGCCAGGCAAGGGCAUGUCGAUAUUGUUAAAGCAUUGCUUGACAAGGAUCCACAGUUGGCAAGAAGGACCGAUAAGAAAGCACAGACAGCAUUGCAUAUGGCAGUCAAAGGAGUUAGCUGUGAGGUGGUGAGGUUGCUUCUUCAGGCAGAUUCAGCCAUUGUCAUGCUUCCAGACAAGUUUGGUAAUACAGCAUUACAUGUGGCUACUAGGAAAAAACGGGCAGAGAUAGUGAACGAACUUUUACACCUCCCUGACACUAGUGUAAAUGCGCUUACAAGAGACCAUAAAACAGCUCUUGACAUAGCUGAAGGGCUUCCACUCUCAGAGGAAAUUGCUGAAAUAAAGGACUGUUUGUCUCGUUAUGGUGCUGUCAGGGCAAAUGAGCUAAACCAACCGCGAGAUGAGCUCCGGAAAACUGUGACAGAGAUCAAGAAAGAUGUGCAUACCCAGCUUGAACAAACCCGCAAAACAAACAGAAAUGUGAAUGGCAUUGCUGUGGAGCUGCGUAAACUUCAUCGGGCAGGUAUUUACAAUGCCACCAAUUCAGUCACAGUGGUAGCAGUGCUUUUUGCAACAGUUGCAUUUGCAGCUAUUUUCACAGUUCCUGGGGGUGAUAAUGACAGCGGAAUGGCAGUUGCCGUCAGCAGAGCAUCAUUUAAGAUCUUCUUCAUCUUUAAUGCCCUUGCACUCUUCAUUUCACUUGCCGUUGUGGUGGUACAAAUCACAAUUGUAAGAGGAGAGAUGAAAUCAGAGAGAAGGGUUGUGGAAAUAAUCAAUAAGUUGAUGUGGUUGGCUUCUGUCUUCACUAGUAUUUCAUUCAUGUCUUCGUCAUAUAUAGUGGUUGGUCGACAUAACAAGUGGGCUGCAAAUUUUGUUACCGUUAUAGGAGGAGUGAUAAUGGCAGGAGUUCUUGGUACCAUGACUUAUUUUGUUGUCAAAAACAAAAGGAUUCGAAAAGUAAAAAAGAAAGAGAAAAAUUCAAGGAAUGCAACACAUUCAUUGCGUUUAUCAGAUUCUGAUUCCGAAGUGAACCCAAUCUAUGCUAUUUAAUGUUUAUACUACUUGGAACUGGCAUAUGAUGCCACCUAUAACUUGUAACUCAAGGAAAUGACUGAAGCAGAAAAGGGGGCAGUUUUGUGUUGUAAGAAGCUUUAUUCUGUAAAUACAAGAUCUUGGGAUCAAAGUACAGCUGGCGAGUGUUCACAGAAGCAAUGGAUUCUUCUCUCUUAUUAAUCUUUUUUAGCAUGAUUUUGAGGAUGAACAUAAGAUACUGGUCCAGACACCUUAAACUUUACAGGAACCAGAUGAAUACCACAUGCUUAUUUUGUCGUGGUAUAUAAAUCCUGGAGAUUGUAAUAUAUUUAGGUUGCACAACAGGCACCCGCUAUUCAAAAAUGGAAAUAGAUAGUGGUCCGUUCAUUGGUAGAACAGAAUGUGUGACCUGUUGCUUUUGUUUGCACAUGUGAAUGUGUCUGGUAAGCAGAUGAAACCUGCAACUAAACAUAUAAUAAUGCAGCCUCGGCUCUUUGUUCCUUUUCUUUAAUCAUGCUGUAAAGACGUUGCAUACAUUAUUUACUGUUGAACCAGAUGGUUAGACAUAGAUUUUUUCCUGUAAAGUGCAGACAUUUUUGGUAUGUGUCAUCUGAUUGUUGUGAUUUUUUUUAGCUUCCAAUGACAUAAUCCAGGCCAAAUGUGUUCAUUGAAAAAGGACAACGCAGAAAAGGACUAGUUUCCAUCAAAAACCAUAGUGAAGAUCUAAUAACUAAUGGUGGAAAUGCUACAUUCAAGGCAAUACCCUGGUUAAUAAAGUUUGCUGGUAAUUGCAUGAAUGAUUUGAGACUGCCAUUUAGGCUGAUGGAGAGGGAUUGUUGGGAAAUGUGAGCCAGAUACACCUACCCUCACCGUGUAGCCCUGCCCACCAAUGGGCCAAAAAAGAUGGCCGCACAAUGAACACUAAAGAGGACGGUUGAAAUGGUGCCCCAAGUCAAAAACAAAAACAGCUCAUGAAGAGACAAGAUAUUGCUGAUACACGGGAUUGGCAUUAGUUAAGCAAUCCACAUCCUGAAAGAGAUUGCCAUUUUAUCAUCUUUCGUUCCCCUUUUAGUGCUCUUUUGCAAACACUGCCCCAUUAUAAACAUGCUCAUGCUCUCAGUGAGAGUCAUUUAAUUUGCUUCAUUUACUUUA